ACACUCUCUCUUUCCCUUGCCCUGUGCCUGUCUCUCUCCAUUCUACCAAGUAGCCGGCCAGACCUUUUCUCUCUCUCUCUCUCUCUCUCUCGCACUCUCUCUCCUGCCCUGUCGACAUCCAUCGAGCGUUCCACGCCUUUCUCCCUCAGCUUCCAAAGCCGUGCUGUCUACCGUUACUGCUGCUGUCCGUCCGUGUCUCUAUCUGCAACAAGUUCCCUGGGACAUUUUUGGAAACUUUUUUUCCUCAAGACAUUUCUUUUUUUGCUAUCUCCCUGGAGACGCCAGUGCAUGUGGUGCUGUGUGUGAAAGGGUCUAGUGUUGCUCUUUCCUGGGGGUCUCUGUACACCAUUAACCAGAGGAGAAGAUUACUUGACAUCAUGAUCAAAGUUCAGCUGCUGCUUCUGCUGGCCCUGGUCGGCCCCCUCUGUGCCGUCGCACACGCAAGCACACUGGUGACACCAGUAGAGCUGGUGACAGAUUCCCCUGCUGUUCCCGAGGCCACUGAGGCCCUCAAAGAGGAAGAUCCCGUAGUCACCCAUGCCCCUUCGGCUGAACCCGAGGCUGCGGCCGAGGAUGUCGUAACGGACACCCCUGCCGCCGAGGAUGUCGUAACGGACACCCCUGCCGCCGAGGAUGUCGUAACGGACACCCCUGCCGGAGAAGAAACCGCCGCUACUGAGGCUGCUGCCACGGACGUCGCUCCCGUGGAGACCGAAGCCCCUGCCCCUACCACUGAAGCUGCCAAGCAGGAGGCGGCCACAACUAACGCCCCUGCCAUCAUCACCGAGGCCCCGGCGGAGCCCGAAGCCGAGGCCACGACAGCUGCAGAGGCUAAGGAGGAGGUGGAGGAGCCAGAGGAGGGUAUGGGCUCUGGACAAGUGGUUGGUAUUGGGAUUGGUGCAUUGGUGGCAGUGAUCGUUGUCAUCGCCGUGGUGAUCGCCGUGGUGAGGAGAAUGGGUAAAUAUUCCCCCUGAGGAGAAAGGCUGCAAGACAGGAAGUCCCCAAAACGUUCUGGCAAUUCUGAUCUAUGUAAUUUCCUGUCAUUAAACAAGCAUUCUACCAGCACUCUAACUUAACCAGGAUCUUGGACUGUUGACAAAAGGAGGGGAAGGUGUGUGGGGGAGGAUGUUUGCCCACCUCUCCUCUUCUCCCCCAACCCCAAGACAGGGCCAUUGACAUCAGCGGUCCUGUACAACCACACAGCAACCCCCCAUACCAACAACCAAACUGAAAAAAAGGUUGCCCACAGGAUGUCACAUUGAAUUUCAGGGUCUUUCAUUUGGAUUUGUAAAAAUAAGUAAGGGAUUAUCUCACUUGUGGUAGAAAACGCUCUCUCUUAUGCAAGGGUGUGUACAUUAACACAGAUGUGCAUUUGAGUUGGUGAAGAGGACCUAUACAAGAAAAAAAUGGGAAUAUGGAAAAAAGGAGACGGGAGAGAAUGUUGUGAAUUCCAUAGGGUGUAUAUACCAUGCAAAGGGACUAUAGUUAUUACUUUAUCAUAUGUUGCAGUUGCUCACUAUAGCAUUCAGUAUAUGGAACAUUGCAAAGCAGCCAAAGGCUAUUGUGGCCAAUGAACCGAACUGAAAAUCCCUCAGAAAAACCAACCACAUUAGUAUUUUGUCACCUUAACACCUAGCCAAUGAGUCCCUCACUACAGAAAUGUUCCAACAACUAUAUGAAGCACUGAAUGCAGAAGUUGAUUUGACAUUGUGCUCAUGUUCUGAGGGUUAGCGAGGGGCUAAUGAAAAGACGGCUCAUUUGCAAGUGUAACGUGACAUUCUGCCAGCUUUAACACUGACAUAAAAACCUAGUACAUAUCUGUGAAAUUUAGCAGAAGGGUUUGUGCCACUGUCUCUGGUAUUCCCUGGAUAGUUUGGAGAUGUUACUAUUGAAGUACAUUAAUGUGAAUUGACUGUACUUUAACUGCCACCCAUUCCAAUAGGACAGUUUUGACGACUUCAGGUUUUCACCCAAAAAUGUGUUCCAUGUACAGGUAGUGGUUAUUAGCCCCCAUUCUGCUAGCAUUAUCUUUUAUAAUGUAUCCACCGUACUUCUGCUUACUUUAGUUGGGAUAGAGUAUACCAAGCAAAAAUACACACACAUUUUCUUCAUAAUCGUUAGUAGUCAUUAAUGGGUGUAAAAAUCAUUCAGUCUCAGCUUAGCUCCGCUUGCUUUAAGAACUCAGUUAAUAAGUGCACUGAAUGAGUGAUGAUAAUUGUUUAAUGAAUCCGCUUUAGACACUGCAAUCGUUUGCGACGACAUUUGUUCUCCGCUUUUGCUCCAUAUUAUCAACAAGUCCUUCAAGUCCUUUUAUUUAAUUGCAGUGUGUUUGUUCAUACUGUUUCAAUAAAAAAGUGAAAACACUCCACAAAUAUA